AUGGCGGAGCCGCGCUCCGAGAGCUGCAGCGAGGACGAGCUGCCCAGCCUGUCCUCCCUGCUGCAGGCCCCCGAGCCGAGCCGACCGCGGCCCCCGCCUGCCGACCGCGGAGUCGUGCUGGUGAGCAGCGAGGAGGAGGAGGAGGAGGACCCGGAGCCGCCUGGAGGAGGGUGUUGUGGUGGUGAAAACGCCAUAUGCGAUGCUGAGGGACCCGCGCUGCCGGUCGGCUCGGACAAGCCCAGUAGCCCCCUGGCAAGCACAGAAGCGUCCCUCCCUCCCGAGAAGCGGCGGUAUAGUCAGAGGGAAAGGGAGGCAGUCUGCCGGGCUGCAUGGGAGAGGAGGAAGGAGCGAGAGGCAAAGAGGAGGCUGCAGGAGGAGGAGAAAGAGAGCAGGAGAGCCCUGGCCAAGGCGCUGAAAGCUCAGCGGCCAGGAGAGUGCCAGAAGUACAUAACAGUGGUGCUGGAUCCAGCCCUCUUCCAGGUAGAAGGUGGUGAGCAGAUCCUUAGAGCUUUGGAGGCUGCCAAUUAUUCCUGUGUGGUUGAGAACCAGGCUGUUCCCUGCAGUAUCACCUGGAGGAGAGAGACUGUGUCGCCUCAGAUGGGAGGAGGAGAUGAAUGGACAGAAGAACCAAAUGUCCUGGUUCUGCUUGGCUUGGGGGAGUUUUUGUCCAUGGCUCAGAGCUACAAACAAAAUGCUGACAGCUGUACAGAAAAGCAGAAGAUGAGCCUGCAGAGCUAUGUAGCUCAUGUGAUGAAGAAACUACCUGGAAAAACUCUGGCUCUGGCAGUAGUCGGAGUAGAAAAUUAUUUCAGGUCCCUCAGAGUUCAGUCAAAACAGAGACUGCAACAGGCAGCAGGGCAUGGGAACCAAGAGGAACAGAGAAAAGGGAGAAAAAAGAAAAUUAAGGAUUCUGGCCUGGAGUUAACCAGAAUGGACAUGGAAGAAGCCCUGGUGGAUCUGCAGCUGAGCACACAAGUCCAGGUUAGCUGUUUUGAGAGCUGUGAGGAGCUGGGGGAAUAUGCCACUAUGAUCACAAAAGCUGUGGCUGAGGCACCAUUCAAGCGAGAUCGAGAGGAUACGGGGUUCUCUUUCUACUUGGAGAAGCGCUGGUGUGGAGGGGUGAAGGUGGAUCCUUCUGGAAAGGGUCUCUUGAAAGUUUGGACCAGGCAGAUAGAGCAGUUUAACCGUGUCAGCCCUGCGAUGGCUGAGGCUAUCGUGUCUGCCUACCCUUCUCCUCAGCUUCUGAUCCAGGCCUAUAGAAAAUGCUCCUCGGACCAGGAGCGGGAGAACAUGCUGGCCAAUAUCCCAGUGCACCGUGGUGAGGGUGUGACAGCCACCUCCCGGCGGAUAGGGCCGGAGCUGUCCCGACGCAUCUAUCUGCAGAUGACUUCCCACAAUCCUGACCUCUGUCUGGAUUUCACUGGGUAGCUCCAGGGAAUAAGGGUUUUUCUGUUUAACUGGUUGAACUGUUCAGUUUUCUUCUGUGAAGAAGUGCUUAGAUAAGUCCUUGAUCCUCGUUUAAAGACUUGAAGCACGUUUAGAUUUUAUUGUAGGAAAAAAGUUGGAUAAAGUUGCUGAAUGGCUGGAGUUUAUACAAGGAAAAUGGUGAGCAUCUUCCCCAAGAGCGUGAAUUACACACAGUUCGUAGUACUGAUGUUCUUUGUCUUUCUA